AUGUCGUCUCAUCUUGAUAAAGAAAUUUUAAAUCUAUCAUUGGAAGAAGAGGACGAUGUUCCGUUCAUCCUCUCGGACAUGCCGGAAUACUAUUCUACAGCAAGGAACUCGCUGAGCUUGGUGGGAAGGCUCCUUAAUCCGUCUUGUCAGAGGAUGUAUGAUUUGAUUCUCGAGAUGCCUAUGAAGUGGCAACUAUACGACAGAGUCAGGGGUGUGGCCCUCUCUAAGGACAGAUUCCAGUUCAUUUUCAAAUAUGAACAUGAUCUUCUUGAUAUCCUCAACAGAGGCGUCCAUACGUUUCGGUUAUGGCCGAUUGUUUUGGAGAGAUGGGUGGAAACACCUCCAGAAGAUUAUCUCCAAUACUUUAUGGUGUGGGUUCAGAUGAGGAACAUCCCAAUCAAUCACUAUACUUUCAAAGCUCUGUGGUCCCUUGGAGACUUUGCAGGCCAGAUGGUGGAAUUGGCUUUCGAUCCAGAUAAACCUCAAACCAAAGACUACAUCAUGGUUUUUGUCAGGUUUAAUGUUGCAAAACCUCUCAGGAGAUCAAAAAAGGUGACGUUUCCUGGUGGUGAGGUGGUCAACAUUCUGUACGACUAUGAAAGACUUCAGAAAAGGUGUUAUACUUGUCAAAGACUCACUCAUGAGCAAAGCCAAUGCCCUUUUUUCAAAAAGGAGCAGGUGGAUCCGAUUAAAGCAGUAGAGUCUUCUUCAGCUGGAAAUAAAGGAACUGGCUUCUCGGAUUGUCUUCCUACUUCUGACCCUCUGUUUGGUCUCAUCCCUGAAGACCUUGUAGGAUUGGAUCCUAUUUCAGGAAAGCCUAAGAUUGCGCAGGAAAUUCUUGAUGAUAUGUGUAUGUACCUCAUGGUUGCGGAUGGUCCUGAAAAAAAAGCUAGAGCUGAAAGAGUGAGGAAAUCACUAGAAGAGUUAAAGAAAGACCCGAUUGGGAGAAAGACUUGCCUGAUGUUAGAACCAUCUCCUUCGAUAACUAAUGAUGUAGAAAAAGGAAAAGGAAUUGUUUAUGACUUCAGUGUUCAGAUGAAACCAAACUCAAAUCCAGUGAAGUUGAUGGCAUCGGCGAUAGCUGCAGGGUCAAGGGUCUUACAAUCAGGAAAAGUGGCUUCUGAUUUGCCAAUUCUUAAUGCUCAAAUAGUGCCGUUUCGUUCUUCUUUCUCUCAGGUGGUUUCGACGGGUUUUAGUACGGGUUUCUCAGAACCAAGUACGUCUGGGACUCCCUUGAAGAAAUCUAGACCUCGAAGAAGGCCGGGUACUUUUAAUCGAAAGGGCAAUGGUAAAGCUACCAUGAUUCCAGAUAAAGAUUCUGGAGUGCAAAUUGGAGAAGGUGUAGUGUCAGAUGCGAAAAGGAAGGCGCAGGAUGAUGUUGAGCCAUCUCAAAGCUCUGCAAGGUUUAAGAAACCAUUGGUGGUCCCAAAUGAGGGACCGCCCAAUAUCUAA